GUGACGAUUUGACGUACUGACGUUUCAAUUUUCGGCAAAUUUCUCUUUAUCUCCCAACCCAGUUUGUAUCGGAAAUUUUCAAUUAAUUUUUCGCGAAAACUACUGAAAACCUCAACAUGGAUGAAGAAUACGACGCGAUCGUUUUGGGCACGGGAUUAAAAGAGUGCAUAAUAAGCGGGAUGCUCUCGGUAUCGGGUAAAAAGGUCUUACAUGUCGACCGUAAUAAAUACUAUGGAGGAGAAUCCGCCUCAAUUUGCCCUUUGGAGGAGCUCUUCUCCAAGUUCGGCGCUCCACCACCGGACGAGAGCUACGGCAGAGGCAGGGACUGGAACGUCGAUUUGAUUCCGAAAUUCUUGAUGGCCAAUGGCUCUUUGGUAAAACUCCUGAUUCACACUGGUGUGACCAGAUACUUGGAGUUCAAGAGCAUUGAGGGCAGCUAUGUUUACAAAGCAGGAAAGAUUUCUAAGGUUCCUGUCGAUCAAAAAGAAGCGCUCGCCUCUGACCUCAUGGGCAUGUUCGAAAAACGCAGAUUCCGCAACUUCUUGAUCUACGUACAGGACUUCCUCGAAGACGAUCCAAAAACAUGGAAAGACUUCGAUCCGAGAACGCAGAAUAUGGGGGCGCUAUACGAAAAAUUCGGCUUAGACAAAAAUACUCAAGAUUUCACCGGACAUGCACUUGCUCUCUUCAGGGACGAUGAAUAUUUAAAUCGCCCUGCUCUUGAAACUAUUACACGGAUCAAGUUGUAUUCUGAUUCUUUGGCUAGAUAUGGAAAGAGUCCAUAUUUAUAUCCCAUGUAUGGAUUGGGAGAACUGCCACAAGGAUUUGCUCGUUUAUCCGCCAUCUACGGAGGCACUUACAUGCUGGAUAAGCCUAUAGAUGAGAUUGUCUUAGGCGAAGGUGGAAAAGUGGUUGGUGUGCGAUCUGGCAACGAAAUCGCUAAAUGCAAACAAGUGUAUUGUGAUCCCACCUACGUCCCAGACCGUGUACGCAAGAAGGGCCAAGUGAUCCGUUGCAUUUGCCUCUUAGAUCAUCCCAUUCCAAAUACCAAGGACGCCUUGUCCACGCAGAUUAUCAUUCCCCAGAAACAGGUAAACCGUCACUCCGACAUCUACGUUUCCGUGGUAAGCUACACGCACCAAGUGGCCGCCAAAGGUUGGUUCAUCGCGAUGGUAUCGACCACCGUCGAGACCGACAAUCCGGAGGCGGAGAUCAAGAGCGGCCUCGACAUGCUCGGUCCGAUCCGUCAGAAAUUCGUCUCGAUUUCCGACUACUACGAACCGACCGACGACGGGCAACAGUCUCAGAUUUUCAUAUCCGAAUCUUACGACGCGACCACCCACUUCGAAACCACCUGCUUGGACGUGCUCAACAUAUUCAAGCGCGGCACCGGUGAGGAAUUCGACUUCUCCAAGAUCAAGCACGAACUGGGCGACGAGGAACAAUAAAGAGUCGCUCUCUCGUUGAGGUGUUAAGUUUAGGUCGGUCGGGUGUGGUUUUCUUUUUUCUUUGUUUGUCCAGAAACGGAGUAGGGGCCAAGUGAUGCUGCCAAAGUUACGGUUUUCGACAUUUUGAUUUUAAUAAUGGGGUAACUUUUGAAAAAUCGCAUCUAAUUGAAUAUCGUUUUGAUAGUGGUCAUUUUUAAUUAACUCACUACAUACAGACUUUAAUUUAUAAUUGGAAAGACUCAAAGCAAGAGCUGAAACUAGAGUUUCUCAAGGUGAUUUUUCUCGUGGUUCAGCCAACUUAAUGUUCACAGAUUUAGUUUGCCUUCAGACCCGAAUUUUUUUGCGCAUAUGAGUAACAUUUUUUUGGUUGCUUUUAAGUUAAAAGGGUCAAAAAUGUGACUUAAAACGUUUAGCUAUUUUUGUUCCAAAUGACGUUUGUUUAAAGCAUUUUACCGUUUGCGUUUACUCCUUUAUAAUAAUAAUAAUAAUAUUUAUUCAAAUAUAAAUAGGUACAUCAACAAUGAAGAGGCAAGAGUGUAGCUUAAUUUUACACUUAUACUAUAAAACAAGUAGACAUAAAAAUGUGGUUGGAGAAAGCUGAGAUAGAGCAGACUAUUAAAUACUUUAGCCAGGUGAUAAUAACACAUCGGUAAAUAAGUUUGUCUUUCAGUGACCCUUUUUUUUUGCAAAAUACGACUCUAUCGGGCAAAGUAGUCUCCUUCAAGAGUAACAUACUCAUUAUAACGCUUUUCCAACUUUUCUAUACCAGAAGUACGAAACGAUUUAUACUUGGCCUCAAGUUUCGGCAAUCACCUCUUCAUUGAAGCCAAAUCUCUUCCGUUGGAGCGUUCUUUUGAGGUCUGAGAAUAGCCAAUAGUCGCUGGGGGCCAAGUCUGGUGAAUACGGUGGUUGCGGAAGCAAUUCGAAGCGUAAUUCAUGCAAUUUGGCCAUCGUACUUGUUGAUUUGUGCUGAUUGAUGGCGCAUUGUCGUGAGGUCAUUUUCUUUCGAGAUUUUAUCCUUCAAACAAAAUAGCUCCAAUGACGCUAUGUACUAAUCGCUGUUGAUUGUUUCACCUUUUUCAAGAUAUUCUAUGAAAGUAUUUUUCAACCGUUGACUGUGAUAACACUUGAAGCUAUUGCAGUCCUUGAACGAUGUUUUUUCCCAUCAAAAAGUAGCGUCAUAUAAAUAAUUCCCAGUCAAGCACUAGUGGGUGGAUUGUCGUCAAAUUUUACCAGGAGUCAUACGAGUGUUAGCACUUUCGAAAAUAAUAUGCUUUUUUUAAUAGUGGCGCCAUCCAUGCCUUACCUUGCGGACUUAUGGAUCGAUGUAUUAGUCCCCAACAAUCUUAAUACAAACUUACGCCAUUUUCGGCUGGAUCAAAUACGUUAAUAUUAAUGUCACCCAAAAAAAUCAAAUGAUUAGUUUGUGGGGGCAGAUUUAUAAGAAUUCCAAAAUUAUUUCCGAGUUAAGAACUCUUUUUAAGUGUUUGCGAAUUGGACCUUCACAUGUCCUCAAAACAUCUUUCACUCCGGCUCAUGCGUCCCUGACAUUUUUGUGUAAAACUUGAGUUAUUUCCAAUUAUAAAUUAAAAUGGUACAAACUGUAUAUAUUGAACAACGGCCUAUUUUUACUCGUUUUUUUGAACACCUUAAAAGUGAAUACCCUCUAGUAUAGUCCAACUUUUAUUGCCGAUUUGAGUUCAACAUUAUUAGAAUUACGUAAUUAAUAUAUUUCAGUUCAGAAAGUUUAGGCUUAUUUAUGCCUGCAAUAAAGCUUCAGCUACGGGACUGUACAACGUAGUGUUGGGACAAACCUGCUAUUUUCGUAUAGGAAAUGCUUUUGCUAAUGCGAAUCAAAAAUAGCAGUCGAAAAUAGGUGCUAUUUAAUAGCAGGUACUAUUUGAGUUUUAUUCGAUACGUACAUGUCGUACAUAGCUAGUCCUAGCUGUAAACAGUGUAAACUUUAGACUGUUAAAUUUUAAACUGUAAAAUACUGUAAAAAGCCAUGAGCGCAUUUGCAAAAGGAACAAUUAUUAUAAACAGACCGAGUGGACAAAGAAACAUCGCUAAAAGUUUUUAUUUUUAUUCCUUAAUUUUUAAAAUAUUAAAAGCCGACUUUUUUCCGAUAACGCUAUCGCCGACGCCGCACCAUAAAGAUGGGUGAAAAAACCGAUGGGUGUCGACGUCAGUCGGAAUCAGUUUAAUAAAAUGCGGUUAUCAAUGAUGACCCUAAAUAAAUUCGAAAGCGUCUUAGCGCUUGAUAUUAAGUUGGUAAUACUUUACAGCCCAGACUGCGGGGAAUCACCGGUUAUUAAUGCGUAAACGACUACAAUCUUUGCUUGCUAUGAUAUGAUCAUAGAGAAAUGAAUAUUAAAAAUAAUUAUACUUUAUAAAUAUAUACUUUUAAUUACUCUAUGGAUAUGAUGUAAAUUGUAAAGUAGAAACUGGCCGAAUCGCACAUCGUAGUCAUUGCACCACCACCACACUCCACGCGUCACAACGGCUAUCGCACUCGUGGCAGGUCGCAGUCUAAAUAUUAGUGCCGCUGCAACCAACGAGACACCAGACAAUCAGCUGCCGAGGUGCCUGCGUAAAAAAAUUCAGUUGCUAUUUUAAUAGCAGCGAUUCUUAAACUCAUAGCAGAUAGCCGUUGCUACUAAACCAAAUAGCAGUGAAAAGUAGCAGACUGCUAAAUAGCAACCCAACACUAGUACAAUGCUCUUAUCAAAUAGAGUUGGAAAUAAUUAAGUUCUUAAGAAUUGUUUUACCAAGUAAGACUAAACUAUAAAGAAUCCUCGUUUCGUGAUUUAAACUGAAACUUUAAAUUUCCUGAAGCUUGAUAAGGAAGUUGUGUUCGCCUAGUCUUCUUCUCAAGGAAGCGGGACAUUAAAGUAAUUGAGUAUUUAACGUGAAAAAAAUCACUAAAACGAUUUAAAAAAUGUCUCUUUAUUAACAGAGAAUGGUUUGAAAUUAAAGAACAAAUGUUAAAAUUUGAAAAGCCUAAACUCAUGAGCCGGUAAUUGGAGGGUAAACUCUAUUCGCUCUACUUUAAUUGAAAUAAAAAGUUGAAAGCCGACCUCACCUUGUCGCUCACUUAAACCAAAUUAUUAAAUUAUCAUGCAUCAUUUGGCGCUAAACCUUUACUGGACAAAAAGCUAGGAUUCAAGUCUAUGUGCGAUUUGUUAUAUUUUUUUUUUAUAAAAAUUGUUUUUAUAUAUGGAUUUUUUGCGAUAUUUUUAGCAACGGCUUGAUUUUCCUGAUAGGCAUAUUCCUUAUUCCACUAAACUCGGUGGGUGCAUUCUAACCAUCAUACAGGAGAUAUGUAUAACGGAAUUGAAAAAAAAAAGAUUCAUUUUAUUUCACUGCUUGGCUUAAAUGUCGUUUAAUUAUAUUUUAUUCAAGCACUGUAAUAUGAGAGUCCUUUUAGACGUUCAUGCGAUUUGGUUCGGUCAUUAAUGCUUUAAAACCCAAAACUAAACAACAGUCAUCAGUUUAGUGGGAUAAUCUUCUAUAAUUUAGGUAGGAUUUUUUAAUUGAAUCUAGAACAUAUAGAGUGUAGUUUCUCCUUAUAAAGGAUAUUGCAUAAAGUAUUUAAGUUAAAAAAAAAAACUAAAAAGCUUGAUCGUGUUAGGUAAAUGUCAACACACACACUUUGAGUAUUUGUUCGCAUGCGAUUUUGAUUAUUAAAAAAAAAUUCGUCGCCAAAAAUAAUCGUAUACUUGGUUCGGUGCAUGUUGAGAAACGCAUUUAAGUUUAUGUACGGCUAUAGUUAGAUGUGCUAAUUAAAUGAAUAGUCCGUACGUGUAAACCGAUUUAUGUACUGUAUAAUUAUUUUAAAUGUGAUUAAGAUGUUAAAUAUAUUAUUAGGCACCUUAUGAUGUAACCUUCAACAUUGUUAUAUACUUAUACAUAUUAGAUGGUUCGGUAAAUAAUUAAAAACCUGCAAAAAAAAUGCAACUCUAUUGCGGCAGAUUUUUUAAGUAAAUUUGGCUUGUGGUAGGAUUUAUUUUAUAAACAUUUAGAUGAUUACGAAUAUAAUUAAAUGGAUUUUCAUUAAACGUUAAGUUGUACUGGCUUUUUGCACUUUUAUGUGGAGUCGCAUUGUUUUUACUGAUUUGUAAAUUUUCAUCCUUUUACUGUGCGGUUUCAAUAAAACCUUACCAAAUUA